AUGGCAGACAUCCCAGGCUUCGAAGAUGGAAGAGCUGUAACAGAUACUGCUCACAUUCCAGAGGCCUGGAAGCAGACAAGUGGGACUAGAUUACUUGCUGCAUAUAAUAGUCUCACAGAUAAACACCUGGCUGGAUAUUUUAACAAUACAAGGAUAAGGCGGCAUCUCUUAAGAUCAGGGCUGAUCACAAGAAAUGGAAGAAUACUUUCUGAAAAGGAAUACAAACUAAACAUCAUGAAGAAGGAUCACCAAAAAUAUAUCCGGGAGUGCUUAGCCCAGGCUAUUUUCCAUAAGGUUCUUGAUAUGGAGCGUUACCAUCAGCUUGAAAUAAAAAAGAAACUGGAGACCUUAGCUAAGAAGGAGCAAAUUCAGAGAUUUAAGGGAGAGCACACGAGAUGGACUAUAGAAAAUAAUAUACCCCUCCUGUCUCCCCGCCCCCCCGUUGGCCCCAAGACUAACCGUGGCCAUAGUGUUCUGGUUGAUGAAGGGCAUUCCAGUCCAGUAACACCGACAGCCCCUCGACCAUAUACUGCUCCCGGAAAUAUGCAGCCUCCAAUUCGAUUACAGCCUCUUCCCAGUAAUCCUGCAGUACGAACUGUUCCAAAGAUAACUUUGGGAUCCAGAUCAAAAACCUCAUUGCUGGAAACUGAAACUCCAUUUCCCGUUGGGGGCAAGAAGGCAAUGAUGAAGUUCAGGAACUCCAUGGACAAUUCACAGGGAAUGAAUCGAUACCAAUUUCCAGGCAUUAACCAUUACAUUAUGCCUAUUCCUCCUCCACUUCCUCCCACCAGUGGAAAAAUCACAAGAGAAAAUAGACCUGAAACCUGGAGAAGGAGAAGAUUUCGUCCAACCACUGCUCCAAAUGGCUUAGAACCUGUCUUUACGAAGGAUUCAAGAAGGAUUCAUAAAACACCACUGCACAGUAAUGCAGCUGUUACAAUGAUUUAUUUGGGGAAAAAUGUGCACCUAGCUUAUGAUCACCCAGAUUUCCGGGAUGAAAUAAAAGUUUAUCAACAGCACUGUGGUGGAGAAAACCUGUGUGUCUACACAGGCAAGCUACUUGAAAAAGAGACCUUUCAGUUUAUUUCCAAAAGGCACCAAGGUUUCCCCUUCAGCCUCACCUUUUUCCUGAAUGGGAUACAAGUGAACAGGUUAAGCUCCUGCUGUGAAUACAAGCAUCGAAAAGGUUCCAGACUUGGAGGCAAACGAGGCUACUUCGGGUUUGUGUGUGUCGAGAGAUCGUCUCCUUGUUACAAGUGCAUUAUUGCAAUGGGCCUUGACAAAAAAUCAACUUCUCCAAAACCCAGGAAAGAAAAGAACACUGAGAAAAAAGAGGGACAGAAGAAAGGUGAGGGGAAACUGAGGAAGGAUAGAGAGUACAUGAUACCAAGAAGGAGAGAUAUGGAGGGGAGCAAAGCCUCAGCUUCAGUCAUUGCUUCAGCUCAAGAACUACGUGCAGGGCUCAGUGAAGUGAGAACUGCUGUGGAAGAAAUGGAAUGUAAAGAAAAACCAGGGCAAGGUGUCUGGGAAGAUGACCAAGAAAACAUAUUUAAAUACGAAUAUGAAGAAGAUUUUGAAGCAGACGAGGAGAAACAAGAUGGGAAAGCUAAUGAAGAAGGACAGGCUGAUGAUCAAAUGAAUGAAAUGUCAAAGUCACCCUCAGAUGAUGAAAAAGAUCAUUUAGACCCUGAAAGGGAAAGUGAAACCUCUUUGUGGAAGGCACCAGAUGCUGAUGACAAUGUGAAAGAUGAGGGUGAUGGAUGCUCGGAGAGUGAAUUGGAAGAUGAUAAACAAGAUGGAAAAACUGCUUCGUCAACCUCAUCCAGAAGUCACCCAUAUUCUAGUUCUAGUGAAGAUGAAUCUGCACUGGGGGACCAGGAGACCCAUGCUGAAAACAGUCCAAGCGAAAGUGUCACAAGUCCAUCUUCUCAAGAGUUGAGUGAAAAUGAUAAGCCAGGAAAAACCUACCUUCCAACUGAAGAUUCUCCAGAAAUUGAAGAACAAGAAAUAAUAAAAACAGAUGUGGAGACCAAGCCUCUGCUGAUGGAGGAAAAUUUGGAGAAUGUUCUUGAACAAGAAGCAGAGAAAGGAACUGGAGUGAUUGCAAAAAGCUUAUUUGAGAAGUCCAGGGAACAUGUUUCCAAGGAAGAAAAAGAAAAGAGUAGGAGUAAGCUUUGGGAAGAAAGCACUGCUAAGGUGAAGGACAAAAAGGCAGGUCCCCAUAGGGUGGAUGAAGGUGUUGAACAGGUAGCAGCUGAAGCUGCGGACUCUAGCCUCUAUGGCCACUACGACUACAAGUCUGGUGUUAGCAGCACAGACGAAGGAGAGAAGCUCUCAAGGAAGCUGGAGACUGACACAGGUGCAGCACUGGAUAGGAAUCUAGUGGUGGAGGAAAGGACUGCACUGAGCUCAAACAAGAAGUCCAAGCAAGUUGCAUCAGAAGAGCAUACCCUGGAGAUGAAAGAAGCAGCAGAAGAAGGUGGAGGUCCUCAACACAGGGAUGCUGACACAGAAGGAAAAGGGGAUACAGCACUGCGGGGGAAAGCCGGGGUUAAUGAGGUUCCCUCGGGGCAGGGGAAGCCAAAAGUACAACAGCUGGCAUUAGUAGGACAGUUUACAGAGGAAAGAGAGCUCUCUCAGGGCAUGGCAGUUGAGGCAGAGGCAGAAGCAGAAGGGGAUAGAAGGCAGGAUAAAGAAGGGUUAGGUGCCAGAGAAGGAGAAGUAGCAGAAGACUCUGGAGGUCUGAAUGAAGGUGAGGCUGCUGAGGAACAGGCCUUGAUGCAAACAGUGCUGGAGACGGAGGAGGCAGCUUCUGAAGGUGGGCAGGCUUCAGAGAGGGCAGUGCUGGCAAGCCAGGCAGCAGCUCUGUACUCAAGGUGUGCUCAGGAGACAGCAGCCCUAAGACAGGCAGUGAGGCCAGAGAAGGGAAAUUCUGACAGCGUGACUGUGAGUGUGGUUGGGUCUGCAAAGCUGGGCGUGCAGGACAGUGAAGAGGAAGCAUGCACAGACCUAGAGGACAGGGAAUCCACGGAAGACGCUACAUCUGACAGAGAGGAGGGUUUAGAAGAGGCAAUGCUGGGGCGAGACGAGCCGACCAAAGAGAGAGAGGCAGUCGCGGGGAUGGAGACACCUUUGAGCUCCUCCAUUUCUGAGAAGGUUGAGGCUACUCAGAUGGGGAGUUCAGUGGACAGCCUGGAAGGACUUCGUAAGGAUCAGGUGGAAAAGGAGGGCAUGGUGAUGGAGUCAGAGUCUAAUAAAGAUGAUGACAGGAAAGAAAUGUUACCUGAGGAAUUAGACUCAGAAAAGAGAGAGAGGAGCAAAGCUGAGAGGUCAAAAACACCUCUGGGGGAAACUGAAUCUGAGAGAGAAAAGGUGACGAGGGCAGAGGUGCUUCAGGAUGAAGACGCUUUAGAAGAGGAACAAAAUCUUAAAGGGAAAAGGGGGGAACCUGUGCAGGAAGAAAGACCAGAGGAAGAGACACAAGCCUCCCCAAAUGAAAUGGAGUGUGAUGCCGAGGAUGAAGCAGCCACGGGGGCAUCUGCAGUGACUGAAGACACAGGGCAACGAGGAGAGGACUCACUGAGAGACAAGGAGGUUGACAUGUUUGAAGCGGCCCCUGGAUUUGAAAAUUCCCUAGAAAACAUAACGGUUUGGGGGAAAGGGGAAGGAGGGGAAAGACUGAGAGGUGCCGGAAUCACAGAGCACAGAGGCUCAGCAGAGCUGCUCUUUACUGAGAAUGUGGCCCACGAAGAGCAGGAAGAGGAGUCCACCCCUGCAGGGGAGGGGGUGUCAGGAGCUUCCGAAACCAAGUCCACAGAGAGGGUGCAGACUCCUAGGGAUGCAGGUGAGGCCCAGGGGUCUGCAACCAAAGAUCAAGACAUGGUCGCCAGCCAGGAAGGGAGGAAUAAAGAUGGGCCUUUACAGGGGCCAGAGGGAGUAGCCAUCACAGCCUUGACCCAAGAUGUUCCCGAGGGAGAUUCCAUGAUGGCAGGAAAAGUCAGUGACAUGAUGGAUGAGGACGCAGAGGAGGAGGGGGAUAAAGAGUGCACACUGGGGACAGGAGUGCCGAAGAAUGGGGACCCUAAGGGGGACAGGAGCGUGCAUGGUGUGGUUAUGACUGUGGAAGACCCCCAUCAAGGAGGAGGAGCCUCAGAAGAAGCUUCAGAGAGGGAGGACGAUUCUGCUGAGAGGGAAAUAGAAGCAAAUAAAGUCUCCUCCUUUUCAGAUGUUGCUGGGGAGGAAGCUUGGCACACAGUGUAUGAGAUUCCAGGAGAAACAGCAGCUGCAGAGAGGGUGGCUAUAGAGGCGAUAGUGCCGAGCAGGGAGGAUGUGCCAGUGGCCAAGGAGAUGACUGCAAUUUCGGCACUGGAAGCUGAGGUUGAGGCUCCAGAGGAACCUUCUAACCUGGAAGGGAAGGUUCCAAAGCCAGAGGCAGCUGGGGAGGCAGAGAAGGCUGAAACCACACUGGAGGCUGAGUCUGAGUUGGUGGGAGAGGAGGCAGGGAUGGGGAGUCCUGAUGGGGAGCAGGAGUCAGGGGAAGCUGGAGAAUUUAGACUGGAAUUAUCCCAAGAGAACAGGUCAGAGGCCAGGAGAGAGAGUCCACAGGACACAGAAACACUCCCUGAAAAGCCCAACUGCAGGGAAAUCCAAGAGAAGCAAGAGCUUUCAGUGCAAGGAGGAAGUGAGGACCUGGAUAUUUCCUUGAGUCCGGGGAAGGCCUAA